AUGAGGUGGAACGAGCUGAGGUACUCGCGGAGGGGCCUCCCACAGGGAACGAUGGGCUGGCCGGUCGUCGGCGACACGAUCGAGUUUCUCCGGCGGGUCCCGACUUCAUGAAGAAGCAGAGAGCCAGGUGUGGUUUCUCCUCUCCGCUGUAAAUAAUGACCGUUGCGGCGGCGAGAGUAAGCAAAACCUGGCUGGUGAUGAUCGGAAAUGUGUGCAGGUACGAAGCUUGUUCACGUCCCACCUGCUGGGCAGCCCCACCGUUAUGUCCAUGGAUCUGGAGGUCAAGAGGGGGAUCCUCAUGAACGAGGCGAGGGGGCUCGUUCCGGGGUACCGGCAGGCCAUGACAGAGCUUCUGGGGGAAUGGAACGUUGUGGCGGUCCACGGCGCCAUCCACCGCAUGGUGAGGGCAAGAUGCUGUCUGUGAUCGGCCCCGUCGCCGUGAGAGAGCGGCUCUUCCCCACGUUAGACGAGUUCAUCGGGUCCCGCCUCUGCAGCUGGGGGGGCGACGGCGCCACUAUGGACGUCCAGGAGAAGGCCAGAGAGGUCAGUUUGGAGACGAAGCAGGAUCCCUCCGCCGCCAUUGGGGGCGAGAUUUUUGACCUGCGGCGUGUUUUUCGUUUCCAGAUGAUCUUCUCUUCAGCGCUCAAGCUGAUCUCCGGGAUUGAGACUGGCGAAACGGCGGCGGAGCUCAAGGCGGAGUUCUUCAAGCUCGUUCGGGGAACGCUCUCUCCCCGUUGAUCUCCCCGGCACCGCCUAACGCUGCGGACUUCAGGCAAGCUCUCUCUUCUUCUCCGUCCGCCGCUGUCCUCGUCGUCGUCCUCCUCCGGCCACUCUGACGGCUUCACGCUGCAGGCGAGGAAGACGAUCACCAGCUUGUUAAGGGACCUGAUUGAGGAGAGGAGGAGCCCUUUCGCACCGAAUGGCGGCGGUGACAUACUCAGCUUGCUUCUCCGAGAGGAAGAAGAAGGAGAAGAAGAGCAAGAGGUCCACCGGACGAGGCCCAAUCUCACCGACGACCAGAUGAUUGAUUUGCUCAUCGCCAUCAUGUAUACUGGCUUUGAGACCGUCUCCGGAACGGUGUCGAUGGCGGUCAAUUAUCUCCACGAUCACCCAUCCGCCUUCCAAGAACUUUGGGUAACAUCUCUAAUCCUAUCCUUCACCAUCCCACUUAAUGACCUCUCUCUCUCUCCCUCUUUCUCCUCUCUGUGUAGGAGUAUUCGGAGAUCAGACAGCGGAAAUCGUCGCCGGAUGAGGCGUUGACCUGGGGAGAGUACACAUCCAUUAGCUUCACUCGUGCGGUUAGCAAGCGCCCUCCUCUUCUUCCACCAUGUCCUUCCUCCGAAACCCUAAUCCGCGUGGGCCGCUGAAGGUGAUCCUGGAGACGAUGCGGCUGGCCACCAUAAUCAAUGGGCUUAUGAGGAAGACGACCGAGGACAUCCCCAUCAAUGGUGAGUCCCGAAUUAGGGUCCCCCCCCUCCCUCCCCACCACCAAUCUGAGAGGAGGGUCCUCUGACGAACGGCCCGGACUGCUUCUUCUUAGGGUUCGUCGUCCCCAAAGGGUGGAAAAUCCAGGUCUACAUCAGAGAGAGCAACUACGACUCCGUACGGUACCCGGCGCCGCUCUUCUUCGACCCCUGGAGAUGGAAGGUGACUCUCUCUCUCACUCUCUCUCUCUCUCUACACAUUUAACCCUGCUGCUGGGCCCCCUCCAGGACAGGAGCCUGGAGAAUCACCAACACUUCAUGGUAUUCGGCUGCGGCGGGAGGCUCUGCCCGGGGAAGGAGCUGAGCCUGGUUUAGAUAUCCCUGUUCCUUUACCACUUCUUGACCAGAUAUAGGUAAAGAAAGGGCUACUCUCCCUGCUCUCUCUCUCUCCCCUUCCACAGUGAGUAAUAAGCUCUGAAAUGGCAGGUGGGAGGAGGCCGAAGGGGACGAAAUAGUCUACUUUCCAAGAGUGGAAGCCCCCCGAGGCCUCCACAUCCGGGUCUGGACCAACUGA